AUGCCGCGCUGGUGGAGCGUACCAUUCUCUUGCUUCCGCCGUAGGGGUGUUGCAAAGCCUACAGCCGGCGGAUCUUUCUCGACUGUCGCGAAGAAGGCGACGACCACAGCGCCGCAUACAGCACAACAUGCAUCUCCACGCGACGCACACAGCCGAUAUUACGACGCGAAGGUAGGUGAGACAUUCAAAGACAACCGCUACGAAGCCAUCCGACAGAUUGGCGAAGGCAAAUACUCCCGCAUUUGGCUGGCGAAUGGUUCAUCGCUCACACCCGGCAUGCAAGACUCUAUCGUGGCGCUCAAACUCUUGACCUUCGAUUGCUAUGGUAGUGGUCACGAUAUCUUCGAGCGUGAAAUCCUUGACACGAUCGGUCGCCAGCAACGUGAGCGCAGUGAGCAGACGUCCUCCUACGCUGUCGAACCCCUUGGCUCCUUCCAAGUCUCAGGCCCGAAUGGAGUCCAUGAGUGCUUCGUCACACCCGUCGUAGGUGGCACCGUCCAUGCCCAUGCUCGGAGAUUCCCAGACCGCGUGAUUCCGGUGUCAAUCAUAAAAGAGGUCACCAGGCAGCUGCUCAAAGGACUUGCCUUCUCGCAUGAUGACUGA